AAUCCAUUGGCUUCGGACUAACAGUUAGCAGUCAUGAUGCCCUGCAUACCAACGCUUGUGGCAAUCUUGCUAAUAUUGCAUAGCAGUGAUGCGUCUCUCAGAGUCGACCCUUUAGUGAACACAAAUUUGGGUUUGAUACGUGGUGUGAGGGCUACAGAUGGAAACUAUGCUAUGUUCAUGGGAAUACCGUACGCGCAAGUCAACGCAUCUAAUCCAUUUGGGAAAGCAAUACCUCAAGAACCAUUUGACGACGUUUUUGAAGCAGACGAUGACAGUGCAAUCUGCCCUCAAAUAGAAGAAUUCAAUAAAACUACGACCGGCAGCCUCGACUGCCUGCAUCUCAACGUCUACGUCCCUACUAUAGCCAACACAGCGAACCCCGUUCCUGUAUUAGUCUGGAUCUACGGUGGAGGAUUCAGUAUCGGGUUUGCAGGAAGACUCUUGUAUGGCCCGAAAUACAUAGUGAGACAUGACGUCAUACUAGUGACACUCAACUACAGAGUCGGUGCUUACGGAUUUAUGUGCUUGGACACUCCCGAGAAUCCUGGCAACGAAGGAUUCAAAGACCAACUGCUCGCUUUGAGAUGGGUAAAAGAGAACAUUCAAGCAUUUGGUGGCGAUCCCAAUAAGAUAACACUGUUUGGUGAAAGUGCCGGUGGAAUUUCUGUUGAUUUUCAAAUUCUCACGCAGAAAGAAAAGCUUUUUGAUAGAGCUAUUCUCCAAAGUGGAACUUCACUGCUACCCACUUUUCCGGAACCACUUAAAAAUUCCCCGUUGAUCCUUGCCGAACAUCUCGGUUAUGUCACGAAUGACAUCAACGAUGCAUUAUCAUUUUUAUCUAACGCAGACACAAACUUGAUUAUUGAUGCGACGUCUGAACUUGGAUUGAACUUCAGACCUUGUGUAGAGAAGCAAUUUGAAGGCGUUGAAAGUUUUAUUACUGAAGAUUGGAAGCAAGCUCCGAUGCCGAAAGUAAACGGAAUGCCUAUACUAAUAGGUUUUAAUGAUCAUGAAAGAUUAUCAAAUUACUUUGGUGAUACAGCUGGUGAAUUUAACGCCUUUGAUGUUUUUAAGGCGAGAUUAAAUCUGGCAUUUAAUAUUUCUGACUCCAAUUUUAAUGGAAUGGAGGAACUUGCUCAACGUUUCUAUCUAGGUGAUGAGGAAGUCAGCGCUGAACAAGUAAUGGACGUAAUCGAUUUCGAUUCAGACAUCCACUUCAAUCAUCCGACUUAUAGAAGCAUCGCAAAAUAUUUGGAUAACGAUGCAGCUAACAUCUAUUUCUAUAUGUUUUCAUAUGUGGGCAAUAGAAACUUUGUCAAGAGAAAAAAUAACAUAAAUAUUGGUGGUGCUGCUCAUGCUGAUGAAAUUGGAUACUUGUUUGAUAUUUCUCUGUAUGAAGAGACGCCGACUGAUGACGAUCAACGGGUGAUUGACCAGAUGACCACUUUGUGGACAAAUUUUGCUAAAUACGGCAAUCCCACACCUGAAAUUUCGGAACUACUGCCCUUCGAAUGGACGCCGAUAAAGAAGGGAUCUCCCUACCACUACCUAGACUUGGGUUCGGAACUCAAGAUGGGCACCAGACCUUUCCACCGCAGGAUGGCCUUCUGGGACCUUUUCUAUAGAGCUAACAGAGACCUUGAAAUUGUUUACCCUGGAAGUGAUUAAUAUGAUUUGAAUUCAAUAACUCAAAAUAAUGUUAUAGGACGGCUGAAACGAGUUGUAUAGACUGAAAAAACAAGAAA